GCGAGGCGAGCCCCUCCUGCUCCCUGUCGGAGUCAAAAUGGCGACGGGGGGAACCUGGAGUGGUCCCGGAGCCUAAGCCACUGACAGGAGAGGGGAGGGCGGCGGCGGCGGCUGGAGGAGAAUGGCCGCGGGGGCUGGCGCCAGUGCGGACGACGGCGCUGGGGGCGGCGGCGGCGGAGGCGACGGCAGCGGUCCCAGCAGCAGUCGCGGCGGGAGGAGCCUCCGAGGGUUUAUGGGAAAGAUAAACUAAAGCGUUGUUUUUGACUGGGCCUGAUGAUGCAAGCCUGUUAUCCCAGCUCCUUAGGAGGCAGAGGCAGGAAGAUGGCAAGUUCAAGGGCAGCCUGAAUAACAGCCAUACCGUGUCUCAAAGUUUUUAAAAGAAAUGGAUGAAAAGAGGCUACUGGAUCCAGGGUUGAAGGUUCGUAAAGGCCUCUGGGAUUACCCUCUGAAGAACCAGCAGAUGGAAUGCCGGAGUGACUGAAAAAAAUGGGUGCUAAUGCAUCUAACUAUCCUCAUUCAUGUUCCCCAAGGGUAGGGGGAAAUUCACAGGCCCAGCAGACUUUCAUAGGAACAUCUUCCUAUUCUCAACAAGGCUAUGGUUGUGAGUCAAAGUUGUAUAGCCUUGACCAUGGCCAUGAGAAACCACAAGACAAAAAAAAGAGAACCUCUGGCCUUGCCACUCUCAAAAAGAAGUUUAUUAAACGCCGAAAAUCUAAUAGAUCGGCUGAUCACGCCAAGCAGAUGCGAGAACUCCUCUCUGGGUGGGAUGUUAGAGAUGUCAAUGCACUAGUGGAAGAAUAUGAGGGAACUUCAGCCUUGAAGGAGCUUUCUCUGCAAGCCAGUUUGGCUAGGCCAGAAGCUCGGACCCUGCAGAAGGACAUGGCCGACCUUUAUGAGGAUAAGUACUGUACUGACGUGGACUUAAUAUUUCAGGAAACUUGUUUUCCUGUUCACCGUGCCAUUUUGGCAGCAAGGUGUCCAUUUUUUAAAACCCUGCUUUCUUCUUCACCUGAGUAUGGGGCAGAGAUAAUAAUGGACAUCAGUACAGCUGGUAUUGAUAUGCCCAUGUUUUCCGCCUUGUUACACUACCUUUAUACAGGAGAGUUUGGAAUGGAGGACUCAAGAUUUCAGAAUGUCGACAUCCUUGUUCAGCUUAGUGAAGAAUUUGGAACACCAAAUCCCCUUGAUGUAGAUAUGCGUGGACUCUUUGAUUACAUGUGUUAUUAUGAUGUUGUCCUUAGUUUUUCUUCAGAUUCUGAACUAGUUGAAGCUUUUGGUGGAAAUCAGAACUGUUUAGAUGAAGAGCUCAAAGCCCACAAGGCUAUUAUUUCUGCACGGUCCCCGUUUUUCCGAAAUUUAUUACAAAGGAGAAUACGGACUGGUGAAGAAAUCACAGACCGAACUUUGAGAACUCCCACAAGAAUUAUAUUAGAUGAGUCCAUUAUACCAAAAAAAUAUGCAAAAGUGAUAUUACACUGUAUGUAUACCGAUGUGGUGGACCUCUCUGUUUUACACUGUAGCCCCUCUGUGGGGAGUCUCAGUGAAGUUCAGGCUCUCGUCGCAGGGAAGCCAAACAUGACCAGGGCAGAAGAAGCCAUGGAACUUUACCACAUAGCACUAUUCUUGGAAUUUAACAUGCUUGCACAAGGCUGUGAGGACAUCAUUGCUGAGAGCAUCUCAUUAGACACCUUAAUUGCCGUCCUCAAGUGGAGCUCGCAUCCAUACGGCUCUAAGUGGGUGCACCGACAAGCUGUGCAUUUCCUGUGUGAGGAGCUAUCCCAGGUCAUGACUUCGGAUGUUUUUUAUGAACUGAGCAAAGACCAUCUGCUUACUGCUAUCCAGUCUGACUACCUACAGGCAAGCGAACAAGAUAUCCUUAAAUAUCUGAUUAAAUGGGGUGAGCAUCAGUUGAUGAAAAGAAUAGCAGACAGAGAGCCAAACUUACUGAGUGGCACUGCACAUAGUGUGAACAAAAGAGGUGUGAAGAGAAGAGACCUGGACAUAGAAGAACUUAGAGAGAUCCUUUCUUCUCUCUUGCCUUUUGUGCGGAUUGAACACAUCCUACCUAUAAACAGUGAGGUCUUAAGUGAUGCAAUGAAAAGAGGCUUGAUCAGCACGCCGCCAUCAGACAUGCUUCCUACAGCAGAGGGCGGGAAAUCAAACGCCUGGCUGCGGCAGAAGAACGCUGGCAUAUAUGUUCGUCCUCGGCUGUUUUCUCCCUAUGUGGAGGAAGCAAAGUCAGUGCUGGAUGAGAUGAUGGUGGAACAGACAGACCUGGUGCGACUGCGAAUGGUGCGCAUGUCCAAUGUCCCAGACACACUCUACAUGGUCAGCAAUGCCAUGCCCCAGUGCUGCCACAUGAUCAGCCACCAGCAGAUCAGCAGUAACCAGUCGAGCCCUCCAUCAGUUGUAGCCAAUGAGAUCCCAGUUCCUCGUCUCCUCAUUAUGAAGGAUAUGGUGAGGCGCCUGCAGGAACUGCGGCACACAGAGCAGGUGCAGAGAGCCUAUGCACUGAACUGUGGGGAAGGUGCCACCGUCAGCUAUGAAAUCCAGAUCCGAGUGCUCAGAGAGUUUGGUCUUGCAGACGCCGCUGCAGAGCUCCUACAGAAUCCUCACAAGUUCUUUCCUGAUGAACGGUUUGGGGAUGAAAGUCCGCUCUUGACAAUGAGGCAGCCUGGGAGAUGUCGUGUCAACAGUACCCCUACUGCAGAAACCAUGUUUACAGACCUGGACUCUUUUGUGGCCUUCCAUCCACCUUUACCCCCUCCGCCCCCUCCGUACCACCCUCCAGCUACUCCAAUCCAUAACCAGCUCAAGGCAGGCUGGAAGCAAAGGCCUCCCAGUCACCACCCUUCCCGUUCAUUUUCUUACCCCUGUAAUCAUUCACUGUUUCACUGCAGAACAGCUCCUAAACCUGGCCCUCCCCCAGUCUAUUUGCCAGGUGUUAAAGUAGCCCCUCCCGACUGCACCAACACCACAGGCCUGGGGAGACAGACGGUUGCUGCUGCUGCUGCAGCUGCUGCCGCCUCAGCAGCAAUAAUACCUGAGAAGCAAGUGUGUCCACAGCCUGUGCUGAAUGACCUGAUGCCAGAUAUCGCCAUGGGGGUGUCUACACUGUCACUCAAGGACAGGAGGCUCCCAGAGCUCGCUGCAGACACAGAGUUAUGCCAGACAGUUUCUGAAGCAGGAACGGGACCUCCCCAGCAUCUGUCAUGUAUUCCACAGAGACACACAAACACAUCUCGAAAAAAACCCACACUAGAGCAGAAAGCAGACGGUAGAGAAAAUCAGCAGGAAUACCCAGAUCUCUAUGACUUCUCAAAUGCUGCUUGCAGACCUUCCACUCCUGCUCCUGGCAGACACUCCCCUUCCCCUGCUCAUGGUAGAUACUUUGGUCCAGACUUGUACAGCCACAAUAAGGCAUCACCAAAUGGCUUAAAGUCAGUUUACCUACCUGGUCAGACCUCUCCUAAAAAGCAGGAAGACCCUAGGAGAGAGUACCCACCGUCUCCUGACGGCCAUCCGCACAGGCAGAAGAGGGAGCCGAUACGUCUGGACGUGGUUGAGCAGCCUCCCCAGAGGCCAGACUUUCCUUCCGCAGCCUCAGAAAAUGCUAGUCAUGGUCCAGCCCAUGUCAGGGCACGGACUGCAGUAGAAACUGACUUGACUUUUGGGCUGACAUCUAACAGACCUCCUUCCCAUUCUGCGUGUAGCUCUGAAGUUCUCGAAGAGCGAUCCAGUAGACGACUGACAGACAGCGAGCCCCUGGGCCAUGGAGCUCAUCAAAGAAAUGCAGAUCUGGAAAGGGGUGAUUCCAUUAGCAGAGGACGGAGGUCGCCAAGCAAGCCAGACUUCCUCUACAAAAAGUCUGCCCUCUGAAGUAGCUUCCGAGUCUGUGCCUGAGAUGUGAAACAUCCUGUCUUAUGAUGUAACCCAACAACUUACUGACCGGUUUAUCGACGCCAGCUCAGUUCCACAUUUUAUUCUAGCUUUUCUGUGUAUAUAUGUUUAUUAUACAUGGCAUGCUAAGAGGGUUGUUUUGAAUGCUGCAUCUGUCUUUUGUGUUUAAAAGUUGUGUGGGGAACAUCUUAAAGAGCAAGCAAGCUGGCACUUUUUCUCCUUUACAGAUGACUAACUUUUUGCACUUGUACAUUUUAUUUGUAUUGAUUUUAUAACAGUGUGUUAAACUACUUUAUUGCUACAUUUAAAGGACUGUAUUUUCAUACUUUUUGCAUUUUACCUAUCAUCUACCAGUUUCCAUGUGCAUUGGGUUGCACACUAAGAUGUAUUUUCUUACGAAAUAGUUGUGUUUAUUUUUUAAUUAUAGAAAUUCCAAAGAACAGCACAUCAAACGCUCCUCUCUUUUUUGGUGAUCGUUUCAGUUCAGAUCUCUUUGUGCUCAUUCUCCAUAAAUCUGAUGUCAUUCUGUUUUGUAAGUCUUGAAAGCCAGUCUUCAUUCCCCACAGCAGAAGUCCGGGUCUCGGUGUUCUUUGAUUCAGUGAAGAACAGGAGGAGGUGUCCAGUGUGUGUGUAAUUAGUGUGGGUUUUGUUGGGACCCUGUAGAUUCUGGAGUAGAGUUACUCACUCAGUCACAGGGCCUAAGGAACUUAGACUUUAGUGUUAGAAACAGUAGAGCUGGGCUUGGUGUGAACGCAUGGCUUCAAUCUCAGCUGUGGGCGUUGGAGACAGCUGAUCAGAGGUUCAAGGUCAUUUUAGACUAUGUAGUAAAUUCAAGAUUAGGCUGGGUAUGUGAGCCCUGCCUCAAAAAAAACAAAAUGAAACAAAAAACAGUAGCAGAGAUGGUGAUGUCACACACAGGGCAUACUGAUGGGGUGCCUGGCUCUGCAUGUGAUUCACCAUACUGGGGGAAAUGACUGCCUUUAGUUGUCUUGCAUUUUGUGGGAAAAACAAAAAAACAAAAACAAAAGGGCUCCAGUCUUAUGUCUGUCAUUUGGUAUUUGUAAUCAUAUGUUUUUCUUAAUAUUGUCUAGUAUGUCUGGAUUUUGGUGUCUUCUACAAAGUUGUAUAAUGCCUAGUGCUUUAACCACCAAAAAAUGAUUUUGUUUUCAGUAAAACACUACAUGUCCUACUUGAACUCCACUGGAGAUGCUGGUUUGGUGUGUACUGAAUCACAGAGCACGUGGAUUCGUUCAUGAUCCCUUCCCUUGGAAGGGCAGUGUGUGAGCUAAGGACUGUUUUAGUUUGGUUGUUUUUUCUUACUUUGCAAUGUAAAUAUAUUAGUAUUUAAGUUUUUAAAUCACUUCAGCACCAUUUGAACAUUCAUUUUUGUAUUUUUAUAAACACAUAGCCGUAGCACCUAGAAGAAAAGAGACUUCCUGAAUAUUCUGUAUGGAAAAGACACUUGGGAACCUCUUCUCUAUGUGUAUGCACAUAGCUAGGAAUCACUUACACUCACUCUAAAACUAUGCAGGCUAGGGAGCCCUCACGGCCACCGGAGAAGUGAAUUGCACGCACUUUGAAGUAAAUAGGUUUCUAUUGGGUAUCAGCAACUCUGAUUUCUCCUGAAACUGUAGUUUCUCUUACAAUCUUUUCCUACUUUACCCUGUGGAUAUACACUCAGGAACGAUCUGACAUCUAAACCAUCCGAACAGUAGAUAUUCUCAGGGAUGGGAACAUGCCCAUCUCGGUAUUCCCCAAUCGCUGCCACGGUCCUGCUGCCUGACUAGUUAGCUCAGAGUCUGGGGAAUGAGGCUGACCCUGAUAAUGUGCAGUCUAAGCUUGCAGGCUUGAACAGGGCACAUAGAUAGAUAGAUAGAUAUCUGCUGUAAGGUGGGCUCACAUAACCUUUCAGGCUCUUGGUUUUGUUUUUGUUUUGUUUUUUCUUAAGAUAGAAAACCACAGGGCUCUGCUCAUCCUUAACGGUUGUAUCUUUUGAAGCACAGUCUCGGGUUGCAGAAGCAAAAGCAGUUCCAUCCUGUUCCUGCCUGUUUCUGGGACCUAACUGUUUGAUGUGGGUUGAGAUUGUUCCAGAUCCGACUGUACUGUGCUGGCGCUGCAGAGAAGCAAGUACAUCAACGCUUUCUCACCUUUGAUAGGUUUUGGUUUUUAACAUUUUAGAACCAUUGAUCACACACUUUUUAUUUUUUUCUGAAAAUUCACUAAAUGUACUCUCCAAUCCACAUGAUGUAAUUAUAAAAGUAAAUGGACACUGUUCGUAGUCUUAUUUAAUUUAUAAGGUUUGUCUUUAGUGUCUUAGUAGGUUACCUGGCCGAACUGUGUGUGUAGAAAUCGUGCUUUAAUCUGUGGGAUUGUGGAUUGCUGUGACUUGCAGGUGUGGCCUCAUGUGUGAUAGGAUAGGUGUUCAUGGGAAGCUAGACUACGUGCCUCUGGCUGUGAACCAUCUAUGACGUUUCUUAAUGCUGUACUUACAAAUGUGAAGUGUGAAUAGGGUUGGUCUCAGAAAAGAAGGUAUUUAUAUAAACCUUAGGCCACAGGAACUGGCAUUUUUCGUAGUAUAGAAAUUUAAUAAGAACCAAAUCACAAAAAUCCCAGCUCUCCUUUUGAGGCCAGGGACAAUCAGGCCAUUUGGACAAUCAGCAUUCCAGUCCCACUAAGUAUCGAGGCUGGAGAAUCACCACUUAGGUUCUUAAGGCGCUGUUGAUCCUUUUCUUGUAUUUUUGUUUUAGUUUUGGGAUUUAAAAAAAAAAAAAACUUACAUUUAAAGUUGCCUGUGGCUCAUAAGGAGAAAAACCUAGAACCAUUCAAAACAUAGAUCCUUAAAUUUCCAUGCACCGUCUCCCUUUUACAUUCCUCCAUUGGCUUUGCUCUUUAGUGCAGUCCCUAGGCCCGAGCUGGCCUAGCAUUUCAGUAACCUGUUGGGCUUUUAGGGCUUAGAGUGUUAAAUACAUGUCUUCUGUGCCCCUUUUUAAUUCAGCCUAGAUCCUGAUUGUGCUUCCUCAUUGGCUAUUCUCUUUGGUUGCAGGUCUUUUGUUAACACUUGUCAUCCUUUAUUGCAUUUCUUUCAUUGUUUGUUGAAGUCGAUAGCAAUGGGUACAACUCUUGUACAUUUGAAUGAAACUGAUUCUACAGGGUGUAAUGAGAGCUAAUGAAUGCCAUGCGGCGCCAGCUGGGCUGAAGCCUGGCUGGGUGCAUUCUCUAGUGUUGAAGGAUCAACACUCCCUGUAUCUACAACAAGGAGAUAUGUGUUCAUAAUACUGAACUUGACUUUUAAGGGAAAAAUGCUUUUCGUGAAAUUUGCUUAAGACCAUUGUUUUGCAGUAAUAAGGCAAUUGCGUGUUUCUUAGGGCUGAGUUUGUUGUCAAGACUAUUAAUGCCGCAGUGAUGGGUGCUAUCCCCGGGUUCUGCAGCGGUUCACAAAGUCUACCAUGUAGCUACUUUCAAGCCUCAUUCAGAUAAUCUUGCUAAGAGCUCUUCUGCACGCCCUGCCGGUGUUCUACUAUCCUCUGUCAACACUGCUUUGAACAGUGCUCUGUGAAGUGUAAGUUCUUUUGUCCCAACAGUUGUACUAGCUGUCAUGUGGUUAUUGUCUGAACAAGUCUUUUGAUUUUGUUUUCCUUAAAAAGUAUAUCCAUGACCGUACCAAUCUUCUGUAAUCAGAAUAUUAUAAUGCUGCGGCCAUUUUUAUAGAAGGACUGCAAGUUUGUGUCCUGGGAAUAUCUUGUACUCAUGUGUUUCUGUGAGCUCUGAGAUGAGGAGUCCUUGGGUAUGCCUGCACAUGUCUGUCUGGGUUAUGUGGGUAGACGCUAGGAAUUCUGCUCUUAAAUGAGACAGUGGGAAGCCCUGAGGCUCCUGAGCUCCCUCGCCGGCCAGGAUUUGCCACGUCUGGCCUCCGCCGCUGCGUUUCUUGUGGUUGUGCUGUUAAUGGUAAAGUCAAGUGCCUUCAAUGCUAAAGGCUCAGAAACCUUUCUUAAACUGAUUUCAUGUCCUAUGCAAGUGUUUUUACAACCUGCAUAACCAGUACUUUGUAAAACUUGUUUACGCUUCAAUUGUACAUAGUGUUUUUUAAAGAAAUAUAUAGUAUUUUUAUUUAGGUACCUCCAAACUUGAACUCGUCUGUGUGAAGCAUUGUAAACGACACGUUUCUCUUUUGAGUACCAUCACAGUUGUACAGAGGUUUUCACUGGUUCUAUUUUUCUACUGUUACUGAUAAGCAUGUAACACUGACUUUAUCCUACAUAGAGUUGGCAUUUCAAAUAAACAGCUUGUAUAGAA